AUGGUCAACGCAACAGAUCGCAUAGCAAUCAUCGACAACUUCAGCACAAAUCCAGACAUCCCAGUCUUACUUCUGACCAUCAAUUCCGGCGCCGUCGGUUUGACCAUCACAGCAGCAAAUGUCGUCCACCUCAUCGAACCAAUCUACAACCCAGCCAUCGAAGCACAAGCUGUUGCCCGAGUGCUCAGGAUGGGCCAGACUCGGCCGGUCAAGAUUCUUAGGUAUGUGACGGAAGGAACGAUUGAGCCGGUACGCUUCCUCGUCGCUGACUGA